AUUUUGCCAUUGAAAGUAAACAAGACUGCUGAAAUUUUCUAGAAUAAUUCGGAAUAGUAAUUGUAAUUUUUUUGAAUUAAAUCGUUACAAGUGGUAGUUGUGAUUCCAUGGUGAUAUAAGUGAUUAUUUAAGUUAUAAAAGAAUAACAAGUACAAUCAUGGCUCAUUACAAAGGGGCUGCAUCAGAAGCUGGCAGAGCCAUGCAUCUGAUGAAAAAAAGAGAGAAAGCGCAGCAAGAGAUAGAGCUUCGCAAGAAGAAGAUAGAAGAAGACUUAAAAAUUGAUAAUAUUGAGAAUAAGUUUGCAACACACUAUGAUGCAGUAGAGCAGCAAUUAAAGAGUUCCACUAUUGGUCUUGUUACUUUGGAUGAGAUGAAAGCUAAACAGGAACAUAUAGUUCGAGAAAGAGAAAAAAAACUGGCACAAAAGAAAGCAGAGAAAGAAAAGGAAAGACAAAAAGAAAUUGAAGCCAAACAAGCUCAGAAAAAUAAGCAAAAACGGCAGAUACAAGCACUAUCAUUUGAUUUAGAUGAGGAUGAAGAUGAAGAGGAAGAGGAAGAUGUCAAACCAGAAAAGGAUUGGCGGGAACAAGAGGAAGUGCCACUAAAAAAGAUCCGCAAAAAUCCCGAUGUUGAUACAUCCUUCUUACCGGACAGAGAGAGGGAAGAAGCUGACCUGAAGUUACGAGAAGAGUUGAGAUUGGAGUGGGUCAUGACGCAGGCAAGUCUUAAAGAUGAACCCAUCACUGUUACCUUCAGCUACUGGGAUGGAUCUGGACAUAGGAAGAAUGUUACACUUAAGAAAGGCAAUUCAAUAUACCAGUUUCUCCAAAGAUGCCUUGACACAUUGAGACCUGAAUUCAGUGAAUUAAAGACUGUUUCCGCUGAUCAGUUGAUGUAUGUAAAGGAAGAUCUUAUUCUACCCCAUCAUUAUACAUUUUACGACUUCAUAGUUACCAAGGCCCGAGGCAAAAGUGGUCCUUUAUUCCAGUUUGAUGCAUCAGAUGAUAUUAGAUUGGUAAAUGACGCGACACAAGAAAAACAGGAUUCUCACGCUGGAAAAGUUCUUUUGAGGUCCUGGUAUGAAAGGAACAAACACAUAUUCCCUGCAUCGAGAUGGGAACCAUAUGAUCCAACAAAAACUUACUCUAAGUAUACAAUUAAAGGAAAAUGAUUGUCAUUUAAAAUAUAUGUUUAAUAACUUUUAUGAAGCAAUCUGACCCUUAAGUUUAUGUAAACUAUGCAAUAAAUAGUCAAUAAAUAUUUAAGUCACA